UCUCUCUCUCUCUCUCUCUCUCUCUCUCUAACAAUGGCGUACUCGAAGGUUAUGGUUUCGAUGUUAGUGGCAUUGUUCUGGGGACUUGUGGUCGCUAAGUCUCCGUCAGCCGCACCAUCACCGCUGGUAUCUCCAACGACAGCAACAUCACCAGCCGCCGCUCCUCAUGCUCCAACACCGUCACCCACCGUAGAGCCACCAUCCGCCACUCCAACUCCUACGCCGGCUCCAGUCCUCUCUCCUUCUCCAACAAAGACUCCACCAGCGUCGGCUCCUUCUCCGGCCACCGUGAUCUCUCCACCAUCUCCUCCGACAGUAUUGCCUCCGUCUCCGUCUCCUUCGAUCGCGUUGCCUCCGUCUGAUGUAGCUCCGGCACCGAACGGCGCCUUUCUGGACAGAUUCUCCAUUGGAUCUAUCGCCGUCGGCUUCUUGACCGUCGCUUUGAUUGCGUAGACAGCCUAAAAGAAUUUAUUUUCUUGCUUACAAA